GUGGUCAAAAAGUUCAAUUUUGGUCUCAUCACUUCAAAUUACUUUGUUCCAGAAGUUUUGAGGUUUGUCUCUGUGCUGCUUGGAGUAAUGUAUACUUUGUGACACUUGCGCAGAAAUGACUUUCUUCUGGCGACUCGACCAUGCAGCCCAUUUUUCUUCAAGUGCCUCCUUAUUGUGCAUCUUGAAACAGCCAACCCCAAUUUUUCCGAGAGUCCUGUAUUUCAGCUGAAGUUAUUUGUGGAUUUUAUUUUGCAUCUCGAACAAUGUUCCUGGCAGUUGUGGCUGAAAUCCCCUCAUUUUCCACUUCUUAAUCAGCGUUUGAACACUGCUUAUUGACAUUCUCAAUUCCUCUGAUAUCUUUUUAUAACCCUUUCCUGUUUUAUGCAGUUCAAUUACCUUUUCUCGCAGAUCCUUUGACAAUUAUUUUGCCUUCCCCCUGACUCAGAAUCCAGAAACAUCUGUGCAGCACUGGAUAAAAGAUGCAAUGGUCUGUCAGAAGCCCAGAAACUCCCUGACCUUUUAUACACACAGAUUAAUUACAAACAAACAGGUCACAGGUGAGGAUUGGAACCUUGAUUAGCCGUUCAAACCUGUUUGUCUCAACUUUUGUGCAUGUUAUCAGAUCAAAGUCACUGGGGUAUGUACGCUUUUAAUCAGGGUCAUUCUUGUACUUUCUUUUGUCAUUUUGAUUUAAAAAGAGUAAACACAGUUGUUUGCCAAUCAAUAGCUUCACAGAACCAUUAAGCAUGAGUGGAAGAAAGGUUUUUGUGUUAUCAUUCAUAUUCUCUGAAGAAUGGCCAAUAAAUCCUUUAUUCUCCCAGGGUAUGUAAACUUAUGAGCACAACUAUAUAUAUUUAAAUGAAAUGUUUUUUUUUUUCCUGAAAGUGUUUUAUUUCAUCCGUUCCACAGCAGUGUUGCUGCUGCUCACAUUUUUAUUAUUGUUUUGUUUUUCUACAGCACAGCAACAUUAACUCAAGGCUGUUGAGGCAGCAGACUUUCAGGCUUUGUUGCUUUGCUUCAUGCCAAGUGGUUGACAGUGAGUACUGCUAAGCUGGCUAAAGACAUUAUUAGACAAAGAAAAUGGUUGAAUUUAUGCUAUAAGCUUAAUGAGAACCUUCAUAGGUAAGCUUAACAAAGUUACAUUGACUUAUUACAUUUUUUCAGUUGGCUACUUCAAUGUUGGGCCAAUUUACUUACCAUGUUUUCAAAUAAUCUCCCAACAGAACAAUAAAAUAUAUAUAUAUAUUUUUUUUAUUGCGAGCAUUUUAGCAAAGCCUAUGUAUUGUUCUGUCAGCAGAUUAUUAUGCUUGUUUCAAGUUACAUUGUUUUUAUCCAAGAAACAAUAAUAUCCAUUCAUUUCCUACCGCUUGUCCCUUUCGUGGUCUGUCUUGUUUAUUUCAGAUAUUUUUGUUUUCCAUACAUUCAUUUAUUUAUGUUGGACAGCCACUAAUAGACUUGCCGCUAUUUGUUAAACUCCUUGCUCAUGAACACAUUAUAACUGUCUGGGAAUGGAGCUUGCGUGGUCGAUCUGGCUGACCCUUUACGUGCACCUCCAAAAAAUUAUAGCCUCUCAUCACCGGUGACGCGAAGCUGUGAUUGGUUGGUUUUUUUCGUACAUCAUUCCUGAGUUUUCUUGUUCGGCCUCGACUCCUUUGGGGGUCGCACAGCGUUUUCUCCUCCAAUUUCGUAAUAGAAUAUACAAUAUAAGAUGACCAUUGUUUUAAAAUAAUUAGUUCCACCGAUUGUAGCUGAGAUAGGCUCCAGCGACUCCGAAAGGGAUAAGCGGUGAAAAAUGGAUGGAUGGAGUUCCAGAUCUAACAGAAAUUUUGAUGUCACUUCAGUCUUUGAUUGAUUGAUUGAAACUUUUAUUAGUAGAUUGCAGAGUACAGUACAUAUUCCGUACACUUGACCACUAAAUGGUAACACCCGAAUAAGUUUUUCAACUUGUUUAAUUCCGGGUCCAUGUAAAUCAAUUCAUGGUAUUGUUUCUUCACCAUUUUUUACUACAACUACUACACACAGGAAGCUAAUAGCUAGCAAACAAGAGUUGUGGUUGCUCACUCAGGAAAACACUGCCUCUAUAAACCAAUAAAGGCGACGUCAACGGGAUGCAAGUUACUGUACGUGAUGCAUGAGCGUAUUUCAGCCUUUACUCUGUACAGUAGAUGUUAUCGUAACUCUGCUUCCUAACAUGCGCCUUGUCUGCCAGAGAAUAAGAAGACAUAGCAGGAUGGAUCAGUGUUGCUAACUUAGUACUAUAUUUGUCAAUUAUUCAGCACUCUUAAAAGUUAAUUUGCUUUUCAUGUUUUUAGUUGUUAUUGUCGUUUGUCAAAAGGAAACAAAAUGAAAACAUCUAGUGUCAGUUUUAUUCAGGGAUUUAUUUAUGCUCCAACAUUUUUUUGUUAUUUUUAAGACAUCUAAAGAGACCUUGUGCUCACUGGCCUGAUUUAUUCGAAGCCGAUAUAACAUUGGACACUUUGGUGCAGCCGUGCUCUUGUGUCGGAGCAGAUAAGAGGCCUUUUGAACCGCGAAGCAUCAAUAACAAAGCGCAACUGAUCUUUUAUUUGCCCCGUUUUACAUUGAAAGCAAGCGGGUCUUCUGUGGGGAUCAGUGGAUCCAGUCCUGGCGGAUAUCUGUGAUCUUGUUCUUCCACUGUCUGAUGUGUCACGCCGUUGUUUGCAUCCUAACCUGUCGCCUGCUCCACCCCACUGCCACCUAUUUGCAUGACCAAGCCAGCUGCCAAGCCCCCACCCCCCCUUCCUUUUCUUCAGACUGAAUUCUAAUCACUACUUUCAAAGGAGAGCAUCUCCAAAGUACCUUUUAUCAAGUCUGCAGACAGGAGGAAGCACCCACUCCCUCGCCUCUUCUUGGCACUCUGCUUCUGGUGUACCUUCAUGCGGGAACCUUCUUCUACAACUCUCGAGUAAAAGACCAAAUAGACGCUGUGCAGGGAUGCCAUGAGGUUGAUUUUGGUUAAACCCACCAAUGCCACCCGCCGCCUGGACAGCACAGGUCAGUUGUUCCGUGAUGGCGACCGUGAGCGUUGCUCUUCAAGAGGUCCGUCGCCCCCGACCAAAAGUCCAGAGAGGGUGUGUGAAAGAUACUCGGGAAGCCUCAUGGAAGCAACGUCGCCAACGCAGGAGACAAGUCUGUGCUGUGCUCCUUCAGCACCCCAUGAAACAUCCAAUGGCGUCAUUCCGUCCCCAAAAGUUUGUGGUGAGAUGAUGUCCCAGCUGCAGACUGACAACAUGACCAUAUCACAGCUGAGUAAUCAAGACUGGCUGCUGCUUUGUGGCCAGGUUAACAACGAAGGGGGUGAUUCAUCAAGUGGCGUCACAGGACAUCCAAACAUCAAUGACACAUGUGCUUGUUCCUGUCCCGAUCAAUCGGGAGCGUCAAUCUUUCAACCACAGUCAAAUCACACUUCAGGCCAUGGCUGUCUCUCGCACAAAACAAGCAUUUCCCCUGUACCCAAGUCGCAGUUCUUCUCCGCAAGCAGCCAAGUUUUCCCGCAUGAUAGAAAUCAAAGCUUCAAUGUUACCCAAAACCUUUCACACGGGAGCUUUUUGGCACAACAAGCUUGCAAUCAUCUCAAAGACACCAAUUCCAACUUGUUCAACAUCCCGCUGUACACCAGUGAUAGUUCUGAGACGCUACCCCAACACUCGCAGACUGCCAUCAUUGGACAGCCCACCUGGAGAGACGCCACCAAGCAUCGGGAAAAGCAACACACACGCAAUUCUGUCAGCGGCACUGAGACCUUGAGGUCGCAUGGAGAUUCGUCCUCCAUUUUCAAGUGUCGCCAUCUCUCAUCCAUCUAUCCUACCAGGACGGUACGCGUCAAGAGGUCGUCUACGCCAGCUGCUAACCACACUGUCCAGUCGUCCUCUACCGGUCAAUAUACCUCACUGGACCACCACGAUUUAGCGGAGGAGGCAACAAGACCACGACAAAGUCAGACAAACACUCAUCAGCAUCUCAUUGGAUCCAAACACUGCUCUCCUAAAAUCACCACGCCCUCUGAGGUCAGAGGAAGUGGCGUCCUAGGCAACGGGGACGCGGCGAGAUCCGUGGCCAGCCAUGACACUUUAAGAUCCAGUUACGAAGAACUCCAGCCAGGCCAGCAGCUUCAUCACAGCGCCCUCCUGGAGGAUGCCUUCUCCAAAGUCAUCAGGGAGGAUUCAAGCAAGGCCAACAGUGAGAACAUACCGAGGGAGGAAGGUAACGUACCACAAAAGAAGGACAUCAGCUUCAGGCUGGGUCAGCGCAGAGCUCUUUUUGGCAAGCGUAAACAGCUGAGUGACUACGCCUUGGUCUGUGGGAUGUUCGGCAUCGUCGUCAUGGUGAUUGAGACUGAGCUGUCCAGAGGAUUCUACAGCAAGGACUCCACGUACUCUUAUGUGCUGAAAGGCCUUAUUAGUGUUUCUACUGCUAUCCUACUGGGUCUCAUUGUAAUGUACCAUGCCAGGGAAAUACAACUGUUCAUGGUGGACAACGGUGCAGACGACUGGAGGAUCGCUGUCACAUUUGAGCGGGUUCUCUUGGUGUUGUUGGAGCUCUUCGUCUGCGCCAUCCAUCCCAUCCCGGGACAGUAUGUGUUCAGCUGGACUGCUCGCCUGGCCUUCAGCUACGCCACGUCGGUAGCGGACGCCGACGUGGACAUCAUCCUGUCCGUCCCCAUGUUCCUGCGCCUCUACCUGAUCGGCCGAGUCAUGCUGCUCCACAGCAAGCUCUUCACCGACGCUUCGUCCCGCAGCAUCGGGGCGCUCAACAAGAUUAGUUUUGACACCCGUUUUGUCAUGAAGACCCUGAUGACCAUCUGCCCCGGCACUGUCCUGCUGGUGUUCAGUGUGUCCUGUUGGAUCAUCGCAGCAUGGACAGUGCGCAUAUGUGAGAGGUAUCACGAUGCACAGGAGGUGACCAGCACCUUUCUGGGAGCCAUGUGGCUGAUCUCCAUCACCUUCCUGUCCAUUGGCUAUGGCGACAUGGUGCCUCACACUUACUGUGGAAAGGGAGUUUGCUUGUUAACAGGAAUCAUGGGAGCAGGCUGUACAGCGUUGGUGGUUGCUGUGGUGGCAAGGAAGUCCGAACUCACCCGAGCUGAGAAGCACGUCCAUAACUUCAUGAUGGAUACGCAGCUCUAUAAAAAGAUAAAAAACACAGCAGCCAAUGUGUUGAGAGAGACGUGGCUGAUCUACAAGCACACCAAGCUGGUGAAGAAAGUGGAUCGUGCACGAGUGCGCCACCAUCAGCGGAAAUUCCUGCAAGCCAUCCAUCAACUGCGCAAAGUUAAAAUGGAGCAAAGGAAGCUAACUGACCAAGCCAACACCAUUGCGGAUCUUGCAAAGACUCAGAACAUGAUGUACGAUCUGGUGUCGGACCUGCAGCAUCGCAGCGAGGAGCUGGACCGCAGGAUUGCGGCCCUGGAGAACAAACUGGACUUCAUGCUGGCCAACAUGCACUCGCUGCCUGAUGUGCUCUCUCAAGCAAUAACUAAGAUUCAAAAAGACUUCCUGGAUGACUUGGCCUGUCGCGUCCACUUCCUGUCCUCCUCCCUGAGCUCAGAGUGCUGCUCUGUUCCCGCCGGGCUGCUCGGUCCUGCGGGACCCGCCUCAUCGCAGAUGCCAUACAGCUGAUCAGCUUCAAACUUUUCACGUAAAACUGGUUGUUUUGGCAACUUUUAUGCAAUGUGUACAUUUUGAGUACAGAGCAGCUCCAAAUAAUAGGACUGCGGGAAGGGCAGCUCAUUAUUUUUCCAGUUAUUACUCACAAAUUUAAGUACUUUAACGUUAUGAAGAUUUUCUUUUGAUUUUCUUUUGAUUUUCUUUAUUCUCCCUGUCUUUAUUGUGUAUUAUUUUGUGUGAAUCAAGCAUAGACUGUAUUAAAAUGUGUUUAAACUAAGAAGGGGUUUGGAAACAUUGUGGUUAGCUAUUUUGAACAUAAUAUAACCUAAGUAGACUAUAAUCAACCUCAAAACAAGUUGGCAGGUAAAUUAUUCUUCCACAAUAAUGUUUUUCCAAAUAUUUUGUGCUUUUUGAGUCCCCUGCUUUAACUAUGAUGUCUUUAUAUGACUUAAGCACAUAAAAAAAUAUUUUUUCUUGUGUUCGCUUUGGCUGUAAAUGGAUUUAGAUAGAUAGAUAGAUAGAUAGAUAGUACUUUAUUAAUUCCUUCUGGGGAGAGCUCCCUCAGGAAAAAUAAUGCUCAUGAAUUACAUCCAAUUCAAGCAAGUGCUUAGUGAAAAUAUGAUUGUGGUUACAAAUUUAUUGUGACUCUUCAAAUAUUUAAGCAUUUAUGGGCUUUGUUGCUAUUGGUUUAACAUUUUAAAAGUUGCAUUUUUCAAAUAACAUAUCUUUCUAAGAAAAAAAACUGUUAAAAAAUUACAAAUAAAGAGCAAAGAAUUUGAAUGUAACUAGUAAUGUCAUCUAUAACACAGUUUUGUCUUCAAAUAUAUAUAUGUUUUUGAGAAAAACAUUUUUUAUUAAAAAAUAUAUCCAAACGACCCCCCCAUUCUUGACUUUUCAGUAUGCAUUCCCUUGUUGAAAAAAGUUUAGACCUUUUGAUCUAAAAUACUAGAGACUUUCCAAAUAAAAAUACUUUCAAUAUAAUCAAAGUUAAGUUAAUUAAUUAAAAAAUAAAACACUAACUUAUGAAUUCAUUAAUUUGAAAAAUUACAAUAACAAACACUUAAAUUUGUCACUGAACAUCACGUAUACUAUUUGUUUUAAGUUAACCAAAUCAUUGGAAGAAGACAAUAUAAUUGUUGUCAAAGACUGAACAAAUAAUCAAUCAAUCAAUGUUUAUUUAUAUAGCCCUAAAUCACAAGUGCCUCAGGGCUGCACAAACCAUAACGACAUCCUAGGUAGGGCCCACAUAAGGGCAAGGAAAAACUCACCCCAGUGGGACGUCGACAAUGAUGACUAUGAGAAACCUUGGAGAGGACCGUAUAUGUUACCCCCCCAGGGGACCGAAAGCAAUGGAUGAAUCAUCUCGACUUCCAAGGGGAAAAAAAUUACACGACUUAAAAAGAUUUGACACAUUUUAAAUGAACUACAACUUUACAAUUAUAAUAUGAA